AAAAGAACUGUUAUACUUGUAUGUGACGAAAUCAAGCACCUCUUGCCAUCAUAUAAUACAAGAAGAAACCAUCCUAUAUCGCCUCUAUUGCAGUUAUUGAUCACUUUACGUUUUUAUGCCACUGGAAACUUUUAUCACGAAGUGGGAGAUCUGACUUCAACAUCGAAAUCAAGCGUAUGUAGGAUAAUUAAAACUGUAUCUAAAGCUUUGGGGAGCCUUUCAAAAAAGUACAUCGCAUUUCCAUCGACCAUGCUGGAAUAUAGAAAAGUCAUUAAAAAAUUUUAUGAUAUUGCUAAGUUUCCAGGUGUUAUAGGUGCUAUAGAUUGUACUCAUAUUCCAAUUUCAUCUCCUGGAACAAAUGCAGAAUUAUUUAGAAAUAGGAAAGGUUAUUUUUCAAUCAAUACCCAGGUAGUCAGUGAUGCUAAUUUACUAAUAAGAAACUUAGUAGCAAGAUGGGCUGGAUCAGUACAUGAUUCUACAAUAUUUAAUAAUUCAGAAUUAUGUCUGAAAUUUGAGAAUAGAGUUCCUCCUGUCACAUGCUAUCUUCUAGGAGAUGGUGGCUAUCCCUGUAAACCAUAUUUGAUGACACCACUUUUAAACCCAACAACAAAUACAGAAGUAAAAUAUAAUGCUGCUCAUAUUAAAACUAGAAACACAGUAGAGAGACUAUUUGGAAUAUGGAAGAGUAGGUUUCCUUGUCUAAGGUUUGGUCUUCGAACUAAACUAGAAACAUCACUUGUUAUUAUUGUUGCUACUGGUGUUCUCCACAAUAUACCUGCCGCCCGCAUAGCAGGUUUUUUUGUGUUUAUGCCCAGUGGGUACUAA